AUGGAGAAUACGGAGCACAUAAUUGGUAAUGGAGAGGAACGUGAUAAAGAGACGGAAACAGCUGAGAUGGAUUGGGAACAGUUCCUUAAAGCUAUAGAGGAGGCGGUGACAAGAGGCUGCGAAGAAGGCUGUAAAAAAGCAUGUGCUCAAAUAAGAAAGGAAUUUAUGACACAGACAGAAACGCACGAUCAAUGUGCAGGAGAGAAAGAAUUAAAAGAACCAGAAGAGGUGCAAUUGAAGAGCAGCGAUUGCAAAAAAAAAGAGAAGCUGAGUGAAGGUAUAGACUCUAAAAGCCUGCCAAGGGACACAAUAUGUACUGUGGAAUAUCUCAGUGACUUCAAAUCUGGAUUAUCAAAAGACUAUGGACAAGAUUUCAGUCCCCCUCUCACUGUCUUUGAGGCCCACUUCCUGAGUGCAGCUGGAGAUCUGCUUGACCUAAUUCCUUCCUUAUUCUCACAUUCAGCAGAGGUGGACUAUAAUGUUUUACUAGGAGGCCGUGUAAGACACCGAUGGGAUAUGGGUCAUUGCUCAGCUCUGAUCAAGGUCCUUCCUGGAUAUGAGAACAUCUACUUUGCUCAUUCCAGCUGGUUCACAUAUGCAGCUACACUGAGAAUAUAUAAGCAUUGGGACUUCAAGAUUGAUAAUUCAGAGACAAGAUCAGGCCGUGCCUCUUUCAGCAGCUACCCAGGCACUUUGGCAUCCAUGGAUGACUUUUAUAUACUUGGCAAUGGCUUAAUAAUGUUGCAGACCACAAACAGCGUAUUUAACCAGUCUCUGCUUAAACAAGUGGUACCUGAGAGUCUCUUUGCAUGGCAGAGAGUCCGUCUUGCCAACAUGAUGGCAGACUCUGGGAAAACGUGGGCACAAAUGUUUGCAAAGCAAAAUUCUGGUACCUAUAAUAACCAGUAUAUGGUCUUGGAUACAAACAAGAUCACGUUGCAGAAGUGUAUUGAUAACGGAGCUCUCUAUGUCAUUGAACAAAUCCCCAAACAUGUGGAAUACUCUGACCAGACAAAUAUUCUCCGUAAAGGAUACUGGCCUUCUUACAACAUCCCUUUCCAUGAAACUAUCUAUAAUAUGAGUGGAUAUAGAGCAUAUGUUACGAAAUAUGGCUUGGAUUUUUCGUAUGACAUGGCUCCCAGAGCCAAAAUCUUCCGACGGGACCAGGGAUCAGUGACGGAUAUGGCAACCAUGAAGCGCGUAAUGAGAUACAACAACUACAAGAAAGAUCCAUAUGCAAGGCACAAUCCCUGUAAUACUAUUUGCUGUCGGGAAGACUUGAAUCUCAGAUAUCCAACUCCAGCUGGCUGCUAUGACUCCAAGGUAUCAGACAUCUAUAUGGCUGCAAAGUUUACAGCAUACGCCAUCAAUGGUCCACCAGUGGAAGAGGGUCUGCCUGUCUUCAGCUGGUCACGCUUCAAUCAGACAAAGCACCAGGGCUUGCCAGACUCUUAUAACUUUGAUUUUAUCACCAUGAAGCCAGUCCUAUGAAACUGACAUCAGAGUUUUAACAUAUGGAAGAAGGGUUUUUUUCUAUGUACAGUUUUACAAACAUACCAAAUAAACUCAUCUGUGCA